UGAAAGGAGUCUAUUGUUGUAAGUUGUAACGGAAGAACGAAGCCGAUCUGUGAAAACCCUAACCUCAGAAAUCAUUUCUUCUGUAGGAAAGAGUAAUCUCAGAGUCAAAGGUGACAGAUUUCUUCUUCCUUGAGCGAACAAGAUGGUGUUAGCAGAGUUAGGGGGGAGCAUCUCCCGUGCUCUCCAGCAGAUGAGCAAUGCCACCAUUAUUGACGAGAAGGUACUCAACGAAUGCCUCAAUGAGAUCACCCGAGCGCUUCUACAGUCCGAUGUGCAAUUCAAGCUAGUCCGAGAUAUGCAGGCUAAUAUUAAGAAGAUUGUAAAUUUAGAUGAUUUGGCUGCUGGACACAAUAAGCGCAGGAUCAUUCAACAAGCCAUAUUCAAUGAGCUCUGCAAAAUGUUGGAUCCAGGGAAGCCUUCUUAUACUCCAAAGAAGGGGAAAACAAGCGUUAUCAUGUUUGUUGGUUUACAAGGUUCUGGGAAGACCACAACUUGUACAAAGUAUGCAUUUUAUCAUCAGAAAAAGGGCUGGAAACCUGCUCUAGUUUGUGCAGAUACAUUUAGGGCUGGUGCUUUUGACCAGUUGAAGCAGAAUGCGACUAAAGCUAAGAUUCCAUUUUAUGGAAGUUAUAUGGAAUCAGAUCCUGUGAAAAUUGCGGAGGAAGGUGUGGAAAGGUUCAAGAAGGAAAAUUGUGACCUUAUCAUUGUAGACACAAGUGGGCGCCACAAACAGGAAGCUGCUCUCUUUGAAGAAAUGCGUCAAGUGUCUGAAGCAACGAAACCCGAUCUGGUUAUAUUUGUUAUGGAUAGCAGUAUUGGUCAGGCUGCAUUUGAUCAAGCUCAAGCAUUUAAACAAAGUGUUUCAGUUGGGGCUGUUAUUGUUACCAAAAUGGAUGGUCAUGCAAAAGGAGGCGGUGCUCUUAGUGCCGUUGCAGCCACAAAGAGUCCUGUCAUAUUUAUUGGAACUGGAGAACACAUGGAUGAGUUUGAAGUUUUUGAUGUUAAGCCAUUUGUCAGCCGCCUUUUAGGCAUGGGUGAUUUGUCGGGUUUCAUGGACAAAAUUCAUGAAGUUGUGCCUAUGGAUCAACAGCCUGAGCUUCUGCAGAAGCUUUCUGAAGGGACUUUUACUUUGCGUAUCAUGUAUGAGCAAUUCCAGAACAUACUCAAAAUGGGUCCUAUUGGCCAGGUUUUCUCAAUGCUCCCAGGAUUUAGUGCCGAGCUAAUGCCCAAAGGCCGUGAAAAAGAGAGUCAGGCAAAGAUCAAACGUUACAUGACUAUAAUGGAUUCCAUGACCAAUGAUGAAUUGGAUAGUUCAAACCCAAAGCUUAUGAAUGAGUCACGGAUCAUGCGGAUAGCACGGGGUGCUGGUCGUGCUGUUAGAGAAGUUAUGGAUAUGCUGGAAGAAUAUAAGCGUCUUGCCAAGAUCUGGAGCAAAAUGAAAGGCCUGAAGAUUCCAAAGAAGGGUGACAUGAGUGCAUUAUCUCGAAAUAUGAAUGCACAAAAUAUGAGCAAAGUCCUUCCUCCACAAAUGCUUAAGCAAAUUGGUGGCAUGGGUGGCUUACAAAACCUGAUGAAGCAAAUGGGUUCUUCAAAAGAUAUGAUGGGGAUGUUUGGAGGGGAGAAAUAGUACUAAUUAAAUGGGGGAAUCCAGAAUGGAGCUAUUACUGAGAACUGAGAAAGGGCAUAACUGUUUAAGGUUUCUACAGGAUCGAAGCAUUAAUUACAUGCAUAUCAACUUUACCUGGUCAAAUAUCUAGUGUAUUGGUAGAGAUCUUAGUUGUCAAAGUGACAAGGCAUUUUCCUUGUAUUCUUGAUGUUUAUGUUUGGAAUGCAAGAAAAGAA